AUACGAUUGAAAUAAAUGAAAACAGUGAAAAUAUAAUUAUUGUAAUUAUUGUUUUAAAACGUGGCAUACGUAGUUUGAUUUUCAGUUGCUGAAGUAUAAUCAUCAGUAACACAGUGCCAUUGCGGAGUUUAAAAUUUUGUUAUUUGCGUAUUGAAAAUAUGACCUCGUUAACGGUCGUUGUCACCUUGAUGGUGGUUUUGACGAUAUCAGGGUCACCUCAGGGAGUUCAAGGAUCGCUGGAAAACCUUAAUCGUAGAGCUCCCGGAGCGAGUAUAAAACCCAACAGGUUCGCUCCGCUACAGCGAAAAUACUUAGGUGCUCACACAGACCACAGCAAAAAUCUUGUAGGCAGAGCCCUUUCCAAGGCAUCGCAUGACAUACACCUAAAAGAUCAGGAAAUCGAUUUCGGUGAAGCGAACCCCUUUCUUAAUAGAGAAGCUCGUGCAAGGAAAAAGGCAGCCAGGAAAAAGGUUGCUAGAAGGUAUGAGGAGACCGAUUUCAAUCCUGCAAACAAUCUACUGAAUCGAGAAGCUCGUGAUGGCAGGGCCCUUUCCAAGGCAUCGCGUGACAUACACCUAAAAGAUCACGAAAUCGAUUUCGGUGAAGCGAACCCCUUUCUAAAUAGUGAAGCCCGUGGAAACGAAAGGUUAGCAAAGAAAAAGGUUGCUAGUAGGUUUCUGGAGACCGAUUUCAAUCCUGCAAACAAUCUACUGAAUCGAGAAGCUCGUGCCGGACCAGAGAAGAAGAACAGGAAGAAAGGUUUAUACUAGACAUACUAUGUACAGUUUUACCGACCAGUGGCCUCACAUACCCCUAAACCUUUGAUAAAUUUGACGAAAGAACGGCCAUUAACUUAAAUAUUUACUAGUAUUCCUUAACAAUCUAAGAUUAGAUUAAAGUACUCAAUUGAAGUUUUUUUGACAUAACAGUUGUAAGAAAUUCAAAUUUUAUAUUUUUAGGCAUUUGGUCCUCAGUGGAGCUCCUUUAUUCUGACUUUGAAUUUCUGAUCAUAAACUUUCUAUAAAAGAAUUCAAUGAUACAUAUAAAAUACCUUUAUUUGUUUGUCAAAUAAGUUUCAAAUAAGUUUCUAAAAGGACUUCUUAUAUCUGUAAUGUAGUUCAGCUUGAAUGAAUUAAACUGCAAAGCAUUA